UCUGAAGUCGUCUUUUCUCCAUCAGCUGUUAAAUGUCAAAAAAAAUUAGAUGAGAAAUUUUUUUUUCGUUUUUUUGAGAAAAUUUAAAUAGAAAAUAAUUGUUGUUUUUUUUGUAAAUAAUGGCGUGGUUAUCGGGACUUGCUGGAAAAGCUGAAACUCUAUUGAAUAAAAUCGACCAAAAUACCGCAGCAGUAUUAAGUAAAGAGAAAAAUGAUCAUUUAACGGAGGUUAUGUGGAUGCCACCAAAUGAAAAUUCCGAAAAUAUUGUUCACGAUAUACCGAGAAAUUUUUCGUACAAUUCGAUUGUAAAUUCUGACAUAUCGCCACAGAGGAAUGUAAAUGUUAUUAAAGAUGACGAAUUAAUUACUUAUUUAAAUACACCAAUUGUCACUCCAACGAGAAAUUUGAAAAACACUGAAAAUGGGGAUUUAAUUCUUCAUUUGCCACCCGAUGAGCCAAUUUUGCAAAUCGAAGGCGAUUCUUCUGAAACGUCUAGUGUAAAAAGUGUCGAUGCAGUUUUUCAUAUUGAUGAAUUAACAUCACAAGUGAAUAAUUCCAGUCCAAGACAUAACGAUAAUCAUACACGUGAAUUAUUGGAUAUUUCCGAAAGUUUGCCAGUUGAUGCUUCAACGUCUGUAAAUGAUGAAUUAAGUUUCGCUGGACGAAAAGUGGAGUCAACAAAAUUAUUUCCCAACAACAAUGAUGGUGCAAUUACAAAGAAACAAUUACGAUUUCAAAAGAAUUCUGACGACAAAAAAGGUCUAAUUGACAAACAACAGACGGAUUAUCAAAAGGAAAUUAAUGCCUUGAAAGAUAAACUGCAAACGUUUGGUAUUGAGAGAAUACAAUUUUCAAAAACAAUUACUGAACUACAGUCAAAUUUAGAAAGAAAUCGUUCGGAAUUAAAUUUGACACGAUCUGAAUUGGAGCAACAUCGUGCAAGGGCAUUGAAAACUCUACAGGAAAAAGAGAAAUUAAUUACUGAAUUGAGAGGUAAUGCAAAUUCGGGACUCGAUGAAGCAUCGACAAUGGAACUUAAUCAAUUGAGACAAGAGAGAGAAGUUCUUCGUGAGGAAAAUCAAAAAUUUUGUGAACAAUUGAGAUUGUCAAGAGAGGAAUUAAUUGAGGCGGAUUUAAAAUUGGAAAAUUCUCGACAAAAAGUAAUUGAUGUCAGUAAACAGGCACAGGAGACAAUUGCAACUGAGAGAAGAAGGCGAAUCGACGCUGAAGAUGAAGCAAGACAACGUACAGAGGAAGCGAAGUCUAUAAAGGAGGAGUUUAUUCUUCAGGAAAACAGCACUUCGUCAAAAUUGAGAAAACAAGAGGCGGAAAUUUCUAGAUUAAGAUCACAAUUAUCGGCUGCUUUGACUCCAAGCAGCGAGGUCGAAUCUCGAUUAGCGACACUCACACAGACUUUAGUCCAAAAGCAACAAGCUUUAGAAAGUUUAACAACCGAGAGAAAUGCUCUGCGAUUGCAGUUAGAAAAAAUAGAGAUAGAGUACAGAAAUUCGAGAAAAACUUUAUUAUACAGUAGUAACGACACUGACGAUGCAAAGGCUCAGGUUCCUUCUUUUCUAAUGGAAACACCAUUCGACACUAGUGUCACUCGUCGAGUGAAAAGAGCUUACUCCUCAUUAGAUGCAAUUAGCAUACGAACUGGUGUUUUCUUACGACGAUAUCCUUUAGCAAGAAUUUUAGUAUUGAUCUACAUGGGACUGCUUCAAUUAUGGGUGCUUAUUGUUCUCUUUUCUCAAUCACCAGAAGCUCACUGAUUGUCUUCAACAAAAGUGAUUAAAAAAAAAAUCAAUAAUUCUUUGUUAAUACCUGUAGUUUGUUAUGUCUAUAAUUUAAAUUUAUCUAUUUUCUAUAUAUAAUAUAGUAUCCAAAAAAAAGUAUCUAGAAUACGAUUAUAAUGUACAGAGAGAGUAUAUUUUUUACUUGCAAAAAAAAGAAUUUUUGUCGUUAAAGUAUGAGAAUAAAUAAUAAAACCAUUGUUUUUAAUUCAA